AUGCCAGAUCUAAGACAGUUGACGAAACAGGAACGGCAGAUAAAAUUAUCGUUGGAAAACAUAAAGGAGUUUGUAGAAAACUACCAAGAAGAACGUGAUAAAGGCAUAGUGGAAUUACGAUUAAUGCAGUUAGAAGAUCUAUAUAUUAAAUUCUGCGAUGUCAGAGUGAAAAUAGAAGUAAUUCUGGAUGAAUGUGCGGAAGGUGAAAAGGCCGAUAGCGAUGAAGACGUCGCAGGCGCAGCUGCGAUUAUGACACGUGCGGUGCAUGACGAAGGUUCGAGAGUAUUUAAAGAAUUCGAAAAUUGUUACUUUUAUCUCAAAAAUGCUCUUACUAGCAAGUGUACGAAGAACGCUAGAUCAACUACUGAUAAUCAAUUAUUCGCUACUGGUUCAGUUCAAGUGUCCCGCACCAAAUAUCCGGAGCUGAAGCUUCCGACGUUCUCAGGAAAACUGCAUGAAUGGAUCAAUUUUCGUGAUAAUUUCAAGUCCUUGAUUCAUGACAACGGAGAUCUGUCCACAAUAGAUAAAUUCAAUUACUUGCGAGCGUCCUUGAGGGAUGAAGCUCUUUCCCAGAUCAAUCAAGUGCAGGUUACUGCUGCGAACUAUCACAUUGCCUGGACCUUACUUGAGACGAAGUACGAAAACCACAAGUUAAUAGCUCAGGAACAUCUGAAGGCAUUAUUCAUGGUUCCAGUUAUGAGAUCGGAAUCGUUCGAAGCGUUGAAUGCAGUACUAAUGGCGUUUAAAAUCAACCUUCAACAACUGGAAAAACUUGGUGAGAACACAGAUGGUUGGAGCACUCUUCUGGCAUUUAUGAUGUCACAAAAAUUGGACAUCGAUACCCUACGCCAUUGGGAAACUCAUCAUAGUUCGAAGGAUGUACCGAAGUAUGCAGCGUUAGUGGCAUUUCUGGAAAAACACUGUUCUAUCUUGCAAUCUACUUCGUCACGCAGAGGUAUAGAGUACAAGCGUCCGUUUAAAGGCCCCGCGGUUCACACAGUAGUUACUACUGGUAAUUGCGCAAUCUGCAACGGUGGAUCUCAUUCGUUAGAACAGUGUCGACGUUUUGGUAAAAUGAGGGUGAUUGACAGAAGAGCUGCCAUUCGUAGACUAGGAUUAUGCAUCAAUUGUCUACUCCCCGGACAUUUUGUAGCAGAAUGUAACAGGAACCCUUGCAAUAAGUGUGGUCAACAUCACCACCAGUUAUUGCAUCCAGUGAUAUCCAAUCAGCUUAGUGGUACAACUAAUCAGGUACAAGGUCAAGGUCAAGACCAUGCAAGAAGACCUCAAGCCGCGAAUUCACAACAGCAAUCACAGUCACAGUCGCACAGACCUGCCCAAUCCCGGACGAAUAACAGUCAAGCAAAUCCACACCAAACAUCUGCUCAAAACAAUGUCUCGCAAUCCACACGACAGCCACCUCCCACUAAUACACCUGUCACAUCACUACACACUGCUACAUCACAUAACUCUGAACAACGUCGAAACACUACUCUUCUUUCUACUGCUAUCAUUAAGUUGGGUGACCGAUCAGGAAAUACGAUCUUCGUUCGAGCACUACUAGACAAUGGUUCACAGAUUUGCAUGAUCACUGAGAAUGUUUCACAGAAGCUCAAGUUCAAACGCCUUCGUGAAAAUUUGCCGGUUAAGGGAAUUGGAAACUCAAUGACCGUUUCUAAGCAGGCGGUUCUGGCAAAGGUUUUGUCGCAUUGUUCAUCAUACGAAACACAUGAGAUGAAAUUUUACGUGGUGCCUCAAAUUACACUGAAGUUACCACAACAUAGUCUUGAUAUCAGUACUUGGAAAAUGCCGUCAGGAAUUCAUCUAGCAGAUCCAAGGUUUUUCGAGACCGAAGCGGUUGACGUGAUAUUGGGUGUAUCAAUCUUCUAUGAGCUAUUACGAAACGAACAAUUGAAACUUCAUGAAGCAGGAGCAAUCCUUCGUAACACCGAGCUUGGUUGGAUUGUAGCAGGCGAGAUUAGCGAGUCACCAGUUAGUUCGUUCAACGUAGUUGUAGCAAUGUCGAUAACAACUGAUGAAGUUUAUGAACAGUUAUCGAGAUUCUGGGAAUUGGAAUCAUGUCAUACAAGAAGCUGUCUGUCCAUCGAAGAAUCAAUGUGUGAAUCAAUCUUUGAGCGAACGACGUCAAGAGACAGUGAUGGAAGAUUUCGUGUUGCACUUCCAAAGAAGGAUUUCAUGAUAGAAAAACUAGGUGAAUCAAAACCCAUUGCUACCAAACGUUUCCUGGCUCUCGAGAAACGAUUGAACGCGAAUUUGGAAAUAAAGGCUCUUUACACCGAAUUCAUCCAUGAAUAUAUAUUGAUGCGUCACAUGAAACAAAUUCAUGACACUGAUAGCGAACAGAAACCAUCAUAUUAUAUGCCACAUCACGCAGUCAUGAAACCUGACAGCACCACAACAAAACUGAGAGUGGUAUUCGAUGGUUCGUGUGCAACAGACACGGGAGUAUCACUGAAUGACACGCUUAUGGUAGGACCAAUAGUGCAGGAAGAUCUGAUCUCUAUCUUACUUCGUUUCCGACUCUACAAAUUCGCAAUCAUAGGUGAUGUAGAGAAAAUGUACCGCAUGAUUAAUGUCCACACUCAAGAUCAGCCGCUGCAAAGAAUUCUUUGGAGAGAGAGUCCUGACGAUCCUCUUCGUACUUAUCAACUAACUACUGUAACAUACGGAACAUCAUCCGCACCAUACUUAGCCACAAGGUGUCUUAACAAGUGUGCAGAAGAUGGAGAAAGAUUGCAUCCAGUCGCCGCCAACGUCAUCAGGAAACAUUUUUAUGUAGAUGACAUGCUCACUGGAGCCCACACCGUUGAGGAAGGUGUCAAAUUGUGCAAUGAAGUUUUGACACUUCUUGGAUCAGCUGGAUUUAAUCUCAGAAAGUUGAAUUCUAACGAAUCUCGGAUACUGAAAGGAAUCCCAUCGUACCUUCGAGAUGAGCGCGAAAUCCUAGAUAUAGACACUACAUCAACUGUAAAAACUCUGGGCCUUAUCUGGGAACCAUCUUCGGAUAUGUUCUGGUUUAAGUUGCCUCGUUGGAACCCAACCACUCCCAUUACUCAUCGCGUUGUAUUAUCAGAUGUGGGUCGACUUUUCGAUCCCUACGGACUGGCAGGGCCAGUAAUCGUCCGAGCAAAAAUGAUUCUCCAAGAGCUUUGGAAAGGAAAGUAUUCUUGGGAUGAACCAUUAAGUCAGGAAUUACAGUUACAGUGGCUAGCGUUCAGAAGCGAUCUAGACAGACUUAGUUCAAUCUCCGUACCUCGCUGGAUUGCAUUUGACAACAAUGUGAUUACAUGCGAACUUCACGGAUUUUGCGAUGCUUCGGAAAAGGCAUACGGCGCAGCAUUGUAUUUACGAUCCAUUACACAGAAUGGCCAUGUCACAGUGCGAUUAGUAAUGGCAAAAUCUCGAAUCGCGCCGUUAGAGGACCUUAGUAAACGGAAGAGGAAGCUGUCUAUACCAAGAUUGGAGUUAUCAUCUGCCUUACUACUUGCACAUUUAUACGAGACAGUCUCAAAGAGUAUUCAAAUUCCGGCAAAGGCAUAUUUCUGGACUGACUCAACCAUUGUAAAAUGUUGGUUAUCGUCACAUCCUUCCAGAUGGCAACAAUUUGUGGCAAAUAGGGUAUCAGAAAUACAGCACAUCACUCGAGGUGGUAUAUGGAGUCACGUGGCUGGUAUAAACAACCCAGCUGACAUCAUCUCAAGAGGAGCAACACCAGCUGAGCUUGCUGAACGCAAGGAGUGGUGGAUCGGAGCUGACUUUCUUCAAGACAAUUCGUGCUGGCCUCAGACCACCGAAAUUCUGGAACAACAGUUUGAUUCUGUACUACUGGAAGAAAGGCCCUUAGUGACAGCAGUAUUGCAAAUAUUUCCUCCGAACGAAAUAUUCUCACUGCACUCGUCGCUGCUGAAGUUGAUGCGACUAACUGCCUGGAUAUCUCGAUUCGCUCACAACUGUAAACAAAUUAAUAAGGCACUAGUAAGAACGGGAAUGUUAACUGCAAGAGAACAUGCAAUCGCUUUGAAUACAUUAGUCAAGAUUGCCCAAUCCGAAAGUUUUCCGGUAGAAAUAGCUGAUCUUGCAGCGUCUGGACAGGUUAAGGCCACUUCAAGACUCAAUUCCAAGGAUCCCUUUCUGGAAGAAGGCUUGAUUCGUGUUGGCGGUCGAUUGAGGAAUGCUAAUGCAUUAUAUGGAAGAAAGCAUCCAGUGAUAUUAGACAGCAAACACCCACUAACAAAGCUCAUUAUGACAGAUUAUCAUCACCGACUUCUUCACGGAGGACCGCAACUUAUGCUUUCUUGCAUGAAAGAUCGAUUCUGGCCGCUGUAUGGGAGAAAUCUGGCAAGGAAGGUGGUGCAUGAGUGUGUACCAUGCUUCAGAGCAAAACCAAGCGUUCACGAACAGCUAAUGGGAGAUUUACCCGCGGAGCGAGUAACUCCAGCCCCAGCAUUUUUGCGUGUUGGAAUCGAUUACUGCGGACCAUUUAAUAUUCGGAAUUCACAGCGGAAAGGUGUUCCAUUGAAAUGCUACAUUUGCCUUUUCGUGUGUCUUGUUGUCAAGGCUGUCCACGUAGAAAUCGUAUUCGACCUAACGACUGAAGCAUUCAUAGCUGCGCUCAAAAGAUUUGUUGCUCGACGAGGAAAACCGGAGAUUAUCAUUUGUGACAACGCAGCUAAUUUCGUAGGAGCUCGAAGGGAGUUGUGCGAACUGCAUCGACUGUUUCGUGAAGAGCAAUGCAGGAAUUCCAUAAUAACAGAAGCUGCUAAGGAGGCGAUAGAGUUCAAAUUCAUUCCUGCGAAAUCGCCAAACUUUGGUGGAUUAUGGGAGGCUGCUGUCAAAUCUCUCAAAGGACAUAUGAGGAAAGUAAUUGGUAACAGCAUUCUACGAGCCGAUGAGUUUCAAACAGUUGUCACUCAAAUAGAGGCAUGCCUGAACUCAAGACCAAUUACUCAGAUGAGCAACGAUCACCGCGAUUUGGAGGCCCUAACGCCUGGGCACUUCUUAAUUCAAAGAUCGCUCACCGCGAUUCCGGAACCAAAUUUAACUGAGAUUCCGGAUAACCGAUUAAGUAAAUGGCAAAGACUUCAACAAUUCACUCAAACUAUUUGGAAGCGAUGGUCAACGGAUUAUUUAUCGGACCUCCAAAAUCGAAAUAAGUGGAGCAGAAGGAAAAAUAAUCUCCAUAUUGGAACCAUGGUCUUAAUCAAGGAGGAAAACUUACCUCCUCUUAAGUGGCAAUUAGCUCGUGUAAUAGAACUGCACCCUGGAUCAGAUAAUAUUACACGAGUCGUAACCGUCCGUACAAAAUGUGGAACGUAUCGUCGAGGAAUUCAAAAAAUCUGCAUUCUUCCCAUCAGUGAUAAUGGUCCACAAUCCGUUAACAACGAUCGCUUGUAA